AUUGGGGUUGGGGUUGGGGUUGGAGGAGAAGAGGACCAGCAAGCAAGCUUAUUCCAUUCCAUUCAUUCCCAUUCCGUUCCGUUCCGUUCAUUGAGGAUGUGUGUCUCUAGAGCCCUGUAGUAGCCCAAUCGAGGUGGAGAGGUGUCCAGCAGAGAAAUUUGUGACUUUCCUCUGCCACUCAUCGCCAUUCCUCUCUCCCUGCCUUCCUCCCUGCUUAUCGUCGUCGCCGGAGGAGGCUUAGCUCUCAGCGAUGGAGACAUCGCUCCGCUACAGCAAGGAGGAGAAGCAGCUGGUCUUGCACGCCAAGGAGAACUUCCUCUUGGACAAAUCCUUCUUUCUGCAGGUACAUGGAAAGCUCAACACUCAUACUGGAAAUGCACAUGGAGUUGCUCAGUUGAAGCGCAAAUUUUUUCCUGAGCUGUUGACGAGUUUAGAUGUAGGGGCUAAGUUCGAUUCGCAGCUCAAAGAAUUCACCUAUGACGUUCAAGGGAAGAAGACCCUGCCUGUCACAGAUAAUGGCCUGCUGAGCGUGGACAUUAAAGGCGGUUAUAAUUAUAACCCAGGCACUAAGAAGGGAAAGCCAAGGGGUGUAGUAGAGCUCAGCUACAAGGUUUUUAAUUUUACAGAAGAUCAAGACUUAAAGUUGAAGGUUGGUUACAAUGCCGUCAAACAGACACCGUACGUCCAGAUAAGGGAAAACAACUGGACGUUGAACCAUGAGUUCAACGGCGGCUGGAACGUAAUAUACGAUUUGUGAUUCAUACGAGUCAGACAUUAAUGAGUAGGCUACGUAUCCCUGGCAUCAGGAAUUGUAUUCAGCGUUACAUUAAAGUGAAAUUUUUUGCCACUUGGAAAGCCUUCAACCA